CGAUGUGGUGGCCAAAGUAAUUUGAUUUGCAUUGCGCCAACAAAAGGUGAAAUUCAAAGUUAUUGCCAAGCUGCCACAACAACAUCAACCGAAAGUUUGCGGACAUUUUUGGGCUCCACAAAAAAGCAGCGCAAAGCCAUAACACUCUUUGCCACCUAUGGCUUACCCAACAAACUUAUGGCAGCGUAUUCUAAAAUGCCUCUGGGUUGGAUCAUUCUGAUGACCAUGCUCCGCUCAUACACACAUACUGCUGCUGUUGGUACACCUCGUACCUGCCCAAGAUAAGGAACGGAAAACACUCUCUGCCAAAGAAAGGAAAACUAACCCCAACACAAGGACACGCACGCACACAAAACGCCAAAAACAAAAACGAAAACUCUACUUUAUUGCGGAGGAGCUGUCACAACUCCAACUCAAGUUAGGAAAACCCCACCUUGUUUUUUAUCUCAAUCUCACUCUCUCGCUCUCUCCAAGCAUCAACAUUGCCAAAAUUGCCAUCGGUCCAUCAUCAUCGUCAUCGUUCACUACAUUUCGUUCGACCUCUCUGACCUCUUUGGGCAAUUGAAAUUCGCUGCAACAAACACAACAACAACAACAAAAACACCAUCUCCACCCAAACCGAAACGUGUUCAGAGUUUGUUUUUAGUACAGCGCCAACCAAAAAACGUGCGCCUCUAAACGUAGCUCCACCGGCCUUCAAAGCCAAAAGCCAUCGUCAUAACUGUAGGUCUCUAGCGCUCCAAGGAACAAGUGUCACCAACAAACCUUACCACAACAACUACCACUGCUACUAUAUAGCCAGGACUCGGGAGCAGCAGCACCAACAACAACAGCACCAACAACAACGACAGCAGCAGUCGGUACCAGUAACAUUCAUUGCUGUUUGAUUUGUCGCAAGAACUUGCCGUCGCAAUGCAAAUAACUGCCCCCUUCAGGGCUCUGAUGAUUGCCCAUUUAUUCUAUUGUGUGGCACCAGCUGGAGAAGCCGACUACACGCUGGACGAUUCAUUUUGGAAUGAAGAAAGUCCUGUUGGUGAAGUCGAACGUCUACUUAAGGAAUACCGCCAGAACCAAGAGUUGGUCCGCCGUAUCGGUGGCCAUUAUUAUCAGAUCAUAUAUCCGGUGCAGUUGAGGCACCACGAGAAGAUGGGCAUUUCAACGCGUGAAGUGAGUCCCCCCAAGGUACGCAAUCGUUUACGUUCAAAACGAAAUUUAAACAAUUACACAAUGCCGGGUCAACGACCACGUCCUCAUGAUGACGGUGGCUUCAGCAGAGGCAGAACAAAGAAACACUUUCAUCGAACCUCAUUGUUAAUUAAGGCCUUUAAUCAUAAGUUUCGUUUAGAUCUGGAAUUAAAUUCACAACUUUUAUCGCCGAAUUUAAUACAGAAACACUAUCACUCUAGUGGUUAUUUAGUAGAUGGCAAUCGUCAUGAUAUAGAACAUUGUUACUACCAUGGAACGGUUAAAGACUAUCCGGGUGCCAGUGCAGCCUUUCAUACAUGCAAUGGUGUCAGCGGUGUCAUACACAUAGGCAAUGAGACGUUCGUGAUACAUCCCUUCUAUGGAGGCGAUCUGUCGAAACAUCCUCAUGUCAUCUUUGAGGCACGCACUAAAGCCAACAAGGGUUGCGCAAAUACGGGCAAUCUGGAAUCGUGGCGUUUGUCACGCCGCACAAAGCAUUUGUCAGCUGGUAUUAUCGACGAGAUUCAUCCCAAUGGUGCUGGUCGCUAUAAACGUGAUGUACGGGAGGCAACCAAAUACAUAGAAACUGCCAUCAUAGUGGACAAGGCCAUGUUCGACAAGCGAAAUGGCAGUACGAGAGCUGAAGUCAUCCACGAUGCAAUACAAGUUGCCAACAUAGCCGAUUUGUAUUUCCGAACGAUGAAUACCCGCGUGGCCGUGGUCUACAUUGAGACGUGGGGCAAAAAUCAAGCCGUCAUAGAUGGCAGCAAGGACAUAACCAAAGCCAUAUCAAAUUUUAAUGAUUACACAUCGAGAAAGCUAUUUCAAGUGGAACGUGAUACAACACAACUAUUAACGGGUGAGACAUUCGCUGGAGGAGAGGCAGGUGUGGCUGCGCCGGACACAGUUUGCACACCAAGGGCUGUGGGCAUCAGCGUUGACAUCAAUGUCUAUGAACCGCAUUUAUUGGCCGGCACCAUGGCCCACAUGAUUGGCCACAAUAUCGGCAUGGGCCACGAUGAUGGGCGCGAGGAAUGUUUUUGUCGUGACUGGCAUGGUUGUAUAAUGGCCCAAUCGAUUGUGGGCCAAGAGAAUGUCCAGCCCUACAAGUUCUCGGAGUGCAGCAAAAAAGAUUACAUCGACGCAUUGCGUACGGGACACGGGCUUUGUUUGCUAAACAAGCCCAAUGAGAUCGAGAUGCGUCGCAAUUGUGGCAAUAAAAUAGUGGAGGAGGACGAGGAAUGCGACUGUGGUACCUUUGAGGAGUGUUCCUUGGAUCCCUGCUGCGAUGGCAUUACCUGCAAACUCAAAUCGGAAGCACAAUGUGCUGGCGGAGCCUGUUGUGACCAGUGUCAGUUGCGUCCCAAGGAUCACAUAUGCCGUGACUCAAAUAAUGAAUGCGAUUUGCCAGAAUACUGUGAUGGCGAGGUUGGCGAGUGUCCCAUAGAUGUGUUUAAGAAAAAUGGAUCACCCUGCGGCCACUCCAAGUCUGGAGUGUCUGGCUACUGCUUUCAGGGUAAAUGCCCCACACUGAAUCUUCAAUGCGAAGCCAUUUGGGGCUAUGGCGGGGUGGCGGCCGAUCGUGAGUGCUUUGAACAGUUCAACUCGAAAGGGUCCAUUAAUGGUCAUUGUGGUCAAAAUGGCAAGGAUAACUACAUCAAAUGUGAGCCUGAGAACGUCCAGUGUGGGACUCUGCAGUGCAAGGAAGGAGAACGACAGCCCGUCAACGAUGGUGACCUCUACUCAAGGACCAUAAUUGCCAUCAAAGGCCAGGAAUUUGAAUGCAAAGCCACCAGUGGCCAAGGGGUGGCUGCCGGCGAAACACCCGAUCAUGGCCUCGUCAAGGAUGGCACCCCAUGCGGCGAUAAUUUGAUUUGUCUGAAUCAGACAUGUGUCAGCAUUUUUCCGCAUGUGGACCAAACCAAAUGCCCCACCAACAGUCUGGGGCAAGAGUGUUCCAAUCGUGGGGUUUGCACAAGCACAAACAAGUGUUUCUGUGACAUGGGAUGGGGAGGAUUGGAUUGCAGCCUGAUUGUCUUACUAACCACACCACUGCCAACGGAAGCCCUGCCAACUCAAGAAAACACAAUCAAAAUGGAAAAGAAGGAGACGCCGUAUGAGAACUACCAUGGCUCAAAUACAGUAUUCCUAGUUGGUGUACUAAUGUCAGUUGUUGGGUUCGUUUUUGUAACAUUCACCUUGAUGGCACUGUGCUACAGGUCAGUUGUAGUACAUAGAAACUUCUCCCUGUGUCUGAGGCGCAAGACUACCACUCUCAAGUACGAUCCACCUUACACGAAGAAGCCAAUGGCAAAGACUUAUGGUGGACCGCCUGCCACUGCCCCAAAUCAUCAGUCGGUGGAGGAGAUCUCCCAGGAUGGUUCAAAUAAAUUGAAUGUCUACGAAAAUCAAUCAGGUUUCACCCGUGACAAGAGCAUUCAUAGUCGCCGUUAUACGGCCGAUGACGAUCACCAGCAUUCAGAAAAAGGAAUUUUGAAGAAACAUGGCUAUGGAAUGGUACACGGCGGCAUGCACGAUGACGGGCAAUCGGAUAAUAUGGAGCUGAUUGCCCAAGAAAAUACCAUGGCGUCAGGCAGCGGUGCAGCCGUGUCUGAAGUUGAGCGCACACUAAAGUCCCUGAAUGGCUAUCAUGAAGAUAUCUUGGAGGCGCUACGCAAUGCUGCCUCACAUCGUGGCACUGGCACUGGAAACACACCCGUGGGCAGCGGUAGCUUGAGUGAGGAAAUGAUUCGUAAAACCCUACAGGAGUGUGCCUCAUCGCAGUUGGGCUACUCCACGGAGCCCUAUAAACGUUCGACCGGUUCGAAAAAUAGCUCUCGUGAGAAUAUCUGCGAUCAAGGGCCACAGCACGCCCUGCUCGACAUGUCCGGCUCGGGCAUGGGUGGCCCCCAUGGCGGCCCCAUAAUGCAUCAUCAUCGCUCGCAACACCAGCUGCACCAGCCGCUAGUGCAGCAACAGGUACCGCCCGACGAUGAGGAUACGCCAGCCACGGGGCCCUUGCGCAUACGCAACCUCGAGGACCUCAUACGCCAGCUGGAGCACCAUUCGUCGCGCCACAUGAGCCCCAGCGGCUCGGAGGACAUACGGAUUUCGGAAAACGAAGGCGACCGCCUUUAUAGAUUAGAUAGUUCAGCCGCUUGUAGUGAAUCCUCACAAGGAUCGAAUCAGCAAUUAGCACAAUCGCAAAAAACUGCAACAAUACAUCCGUCUUACAGCAGUCGUUGUCGACCGCGUGCCGAAGAGGAGUCGAGAUUCUCAUAUGGAAGGUACAGACAUCCCACUACAACCAGUAGACAUCCUUCACAUCAGUCACACUCACCUCAUGCUUUCGGCCAUCACGCACAUCACUCGCAUGCCCAUGGCCAUGCUACGCACGGCCCGCAUUCAUCGCAUCAUUCAUCGCACACGCAUUUGCAUCAGGACGACGACGGCAUCUAUGAGAGUGCCGAUCCCCACGAUCGUUCGAUGGUAGACCAACGUCUCGAUCCCCGGGAAGUGCCCGACAGUGAGAGUGAUGACUUUAUUCAAGCUCAACAACAGUUAGCCCGAUGGGCGAGUGAGGAUGUGGUAUCCGUCGUGGUAAUGGAGCAACCGUUAGCCGGUACAACAGCGGAUUCCCAACAAUCCAACGGCGGCGGCCACACAUCGGGGGCGGCAUCGGCGAAUACCGUUAUCCACCACCACCAGCAUCAGCACCAGCACCACGGCGAUCAUCAAUCCUCGGUGGGAGCGGCCAAUACAACCUCAUCGUCAGCGGCAGCAUCGGCGGCAGCAAUCAAUGCGCAUAUGACGGCGACUAUGGCGGCCGUCCCAAAUGGCAUCGUUGUAAAUCAGAGGGACUACUACCCCUCACCUCCCUCCACGGAGACGGAAAGCAGUGGAAGUGUUAUCCAGCCGCUCAAUCGUCGCUACACCCUGCAGGGCGAUACAACUCAACAGCAGCUGCAAUUGCAUCAGCUACACCAACAGCAGCAUCAGCACCCCUCACAUCCACAUCAGCAGCAGCAGCAGCAGCAACAGCAAAUCACCGGCGACAACACCACCACCACCACCAGCAGCAGCAACAACAGCCAAACCGGCCAAAUCAUGGAGAAUGGUCGUUAUCCCGAAUAUAAGCACUGAUAGUAUAACACUCCACAGGCUAACAACUCGAAUCACAGCCACAACCGCCAUCAGCUCAACCCUCACGCCCAUGCUGCUCAAGCUUCGCCAUUGCAAGAACAGCAUGAGCAGCAGCAGCAACACUCACCUCACUGUUAUGCGCACAAAUUGCAGGCGCUACACUGAGGCAGAGCUAGAUGUUGCUCGCAGUCACUCCAACCGCCCACUCCAUGGCUAAAUAAACGAACGAAUUUCUUGUAAUACCCUCUGUAUGUUCACCCAUACCCUUGCCCAGCUCUGCCCUGCCCUGCCUCCCACCACGUGAAGCUUGCUACUACCGGAUCGAUUAUGUAUAUAACUCCCCAAAUAGUACAUAUAUACGCACAUACAGUCGUACGUACAUGGAAACAAGCUAAGCAAAACACUCAUACAUACUCAUACGAACAUUCCUAUUACAUUCACUCAAAUACAAUAUCGAAUCCGCAAAUAUACAUACAUAUAUUCUAAAACAAACAAAAACCAAAACAAAAAAAACAAAAACAAAAAACUCGAUUAGUUAUCUAAAAAACAUACAAACAAGAUGAAGAAAACCAAAAGAAAAAAAUAUUGUGAUUUUAUACAAAGUAGUCGAUAUUCAUAUUUUAGUUUUAAAUAAAUUGAGAGAAAAACGCAAAACAAACAAAACAAAAAACAAUUUAGAACAAAUUUAACGAAUUGAUUGAUAAUGGCCAAACAAACACGAACGACCCCCUCGCCCACACAUGGAAAAAGUCCAGAGCUCGAGAUCACCCAUCACCUACAUACAUUCACCAUAGGCAUGCUGCGAAAGCGAUUGCAAAGCCAUCGCUGCCUCAGAUUCACCACUCACUCACCCACCACCUACAUAAUAGACCUCGCCCUUCGUAUCGUCAAUUGAGACAAAGAUUAUCACACCGCCAUGCAUGCUCUCACCGGCCUCCAUUUGUGUAUGUGUGCGUAUUCGUCUUUUGAUGACAGCAAUGUAACAAAAAA